GGAGCCGCGUUCCCGGCGUGCCGGGAUGACGGAGGCGGAAGCGGGCCGGGGAGGAUGUAGCGGCGCUGACAGGGGCUGCGGCGCCGCGACCUGCCCGCCCCUGCCGCCGGCCGGCCCCGCCAUGGAGGUUCAAGAUGCUGGGCAGGAUAUGGUGGCAUCUUCUGGCACACCAGGAUCAGGCAAAUCAAAGCUGGACACAUUGCCCAAAGAAGACCUCAUUAAGUUUGCAAAAAAGCAAAUGAUGCUUAUACAGAAAGUGAAGUCGAGAUGUACAGAACUGGAGAAAGAGAUUGAAGAACUCAGAUCUAAAGCAGCUACUGCAGGAGCUGAUGAUAUUAUUCAGGCUCUCACAGAAAGACUGGACGUUGUACUUCUGGAAAAAGCUGAAAGUCAGCAGCAAUGCAUAGCUCUGAGAAAAGAAAAUACUCAAAUAAAGCAAGAAGGGGAGGCUGCAGUGGCUAAGACAGAAGAAUUGCAGAAGCUACUGGAACAAUCAAGUAUUGACUCUCUGGAAGAAAUAAAAGCUUUGAAGUGUGAAUUAGCAAAUGCACAAUGCAAGCACAAUGAGGAUUUGAAAAAGCUGAAAAUGGAAUUAGAUGAACAAGUGAAAAAACAAAUGGAGCUGAUGGAACAGGUUGAACGUCAUAGUGAGAGUCAAAAAGAAGUUACAAGAUUACAAGAUGAUGUCCAGAGAAUUAAAUCUACUUAUGAGGAGCAAAUUUUGUGUCUGAGCAAACAGUUGGAAACUGUGAGUGAAGACAAAACCAAAGAAGUAACAAAUCUGCAAGAAACUAUUAAAAACAACUCUCAGUGUUACCAUAAUGAAAUCAAAAAUAUGAAUGAAGAGCUUGAAAAAUUAAAAAUUGCCCAUCAGGAAGAGGUGUCAGAAUUGAUGCAUCGGAUUGAAAUAUCAUCUAGAGAAAAUGAAGAAAAGCAAAAUCAAAUAAAUGAGUUGCAGCACAGUUUGGCAGAGAAAAAUGCAAAGGAUGAAAUGCAUGCUCAUACCGAUCAGCGUGAAUACGACUUGGAGCAGCUGAGAGAAGUCUUAAAUAAAAAUGUAGAAAACAGGAUAGAUGUUGCAGAUACACCAGAAGAACCUUGUGUAGAAGCGAAAAUGGAAGCAAAGGUUAGGUACCUGGAGCAUAGUUUAGAAGAACUCCAGUCCCAACAUAGUAUAUUAAAAGAUGAGUUAACGUACAUGAGCAAUGUCAAACUAAAGCUGGAAGAGGAAAUCCAUCGCAUAAAGGAGGAGUACUUUCAUGAGAGGGAAGAUCUGGAUUUUAAGAUAAAUGAAUUGCAGCUUACUAAAGAAGAUUACUGCAGUGUAAUUGAAAAACUAAAAUUGGAGCUUCAAGAAGCAAGACAGCGCUAUGAAUCUGCUGUAAAAGAGCAUAAAUUAGAGAUUCAAACUCUGAAAGAGCAACACAAGACAGAAAUUUCUGAAUUAAAUGAAACUUUAUUAUCUGGUUUUGAAAAAGAAAAUAAGGUAUUAGUUUUUGAAAUACAGGAGCUUAGAGAACAGCUUGAAAAGCUAACUCAGGAGAAAGAAGAAGCAGUGUCCAAUUACAACAGCCUGAGAGAAACAAUGGAAACUCUCCAGGCUGAGCUGGGCGAAUCUGCUGGAAAGAUCAGCCAGGAGUUUGAAUCAAUGAAACAACAGCAAGCUUCUGAUGUCAGUCAACUGCAACAGAAACUCCGAGCUGCUUUCAAUGAAAGGGAUGUUCUUCGUGAAACUGUAAAUCGUCUCCAGGAAGAAAUAGAAAAACUACCAUCUAAGCAGCUAGAGGUAGAAGAACUUAAAUGCAAAAUUGUUAGUCUUCAGGAGGACAAUAAUGCAAUAACAAGCUCCAUCAACCAAAAAGAGAUUACUGUAAAAGAACUGGAAGAGAAGGUUGUUGCUCUGACUGAUCAAAACAAGGAUAUUUUAAAUGAUGUGAAAUGCUUGGGUGAAGAGAGAGAAACGCUUCAAGAAAGGUGCAAGCAAGAACAAGUUAAAAUUCAGGAACUUCAGCAAGAAGUAGAUGUUGCUAACCAGCACAAUAAUGACCUGACAAAAAAGGUAGAGGAAUUAACAGAGAGACUGAAUGAAGCUUUAACUACAAAGACUGAAAAUGCUCAAAUGCUAGAGCAACUGGAAAAACAGAUUGAAUCUCUGGUACAUGAUAGAGAGCGGCUUUCAUCUGAAGUGUAUACUCUUCAUGAGGAAAAUAAGAAAAUAAUUCAGGAAAAAGGUGAAUUAAGUGAAGAGCUGGGAAAGAUUACAUGUGAAAAAGAUGGUUGGUUAGUGUUGAAAGAGCAGUCUGAAAACUUAGAAAAGAAACUACAAAUGAUGACUGCAGAAAAAGACCAUAUAUCAACAUUACUUGAAAAUGAACAAAGGCAUACAUCCCUUGUAAGAACUCAACUGUACCAUCUACUUGAACAAGUGGGGUCCAGCAUUUCAGAUUCUAAUGAAGAAUAUGAUUCUCUUAACUUGUUAAAAAUUGCAAAUGAAUGCUUGUCAAAAAUUAAAGAAGAGCAGUGCCUUGCUCAGCAAAAUGAGGAGGAAGUAAUUCAUUUACGGCGGGAAGUUGAGAGACUAGAGGAAGAAAAUGCUGCUCAAUAUAGAGAACACAGAUCCCUGAUUCAGGAUUUUGAAAAAGAAAAGGCUCUCUUGAGAGAGGAACUGCAAGGAGUGUUGUCUGAAAAAGAAGCUCUUCAGCAUGAUAUUCAGGAGCUGAAGAAUGCCAGUGAGAAAACAAGGAUUGAAAAUCAAGAUCUUUUAGCUAGUAUUGAAGAGGUCACUCAAAAACUUGCUUUUUAUGAAAGUCCAGUACAAGAACAGGAAAAAGGAUCAGAGAAACAAGACGACUUAAGUUUCAUUCUGGAACAAAAGGAAACUGAACUUAGAAAUGUGAAAGACGAACUGAGUUCUCUAAAGAAUUUAAUGGAGAGAAUGACUGAGAAAACUGAUCAACAGUCUUCAGUAGCAGAGCUUCAAGAAAAAAUUGGGAGGCUGGAAAAAGAAUCUGCAGAAAAAGGAGAGAAGCUAAACAAAAUUAAGGUUGUUGCUGUGAAAGCAAAGAAAGAAUUAGAUGCCAGCCGAAAAGAGAUGCAAGCUCUGAAAGAAGAAUUGGAGUUGGUUCGAUCAGAAAAAGAUCAGUUGUCUGCUUCAAUGAAAGAAGUAAUUCAAGGAGCUGAAAGCUAUAAGAAUCUUUUGAUGGAAUAUGAUAAGCAAGGAGAACAGCUGGAUUCUGAAAAAGGCAGAGCAAAUAAUCUUGAACGUCAGAUAGAUGACCUCUCAAGACAGCUACAGGUGUCAUCCCAGCAGCAUGAUCAAUUACGCUCUGCUAACGAAGACCUCCUGGCUCGUGUUGAAACACUGCAAAAUAAUGCUAAGCUGCUGGAGACUCAGAUACUGGAGAUGCAAAAAGCCAAGGCAAAGGCUGACAAAGAACUAGAAGCUGAAAGGCUUUUAAAAGAACAGAAAACAAAGGAACAUAGUGGUGCUCUCCGAGAAAUGGAGGAGCUUCAGAUGCAACUUCAGAAGGAAAAGAAGCUUCUGCAGAAAACUAUGCUAGAACUAGAGCUGGCCAGAAAGGAUGCUCAGAAGAGUACACUGAUGGAUAUGGAAAUAGCUGAUUAUGAAAGGCUGGUAAAAGAACUUAAUCAGAAGAUUACUGAUAAAGACAGCAAAAUAGAAGAUCUUGAGCAAGAAACAAGUAUUCAGAAACAGAAGCAAGAGACUCUACAGGAAGAAAUAAAAUUCCUUCAGUCAACUAUGCAACAGGAUGAGGAAAGAAAUGCCAAGAUAAAACAACUCCUGGUAAAAACCAAAAAAGAACUGGCUGAUUCAAAACAAGCUGAAAAUGAUCAUCUAAUGUUGCAGGAAUCAUUAAAAGGGGAACUGGAAGCCAGUCAACAGCAAGUGGAAGCCUAUAAGAUUCAAGUGGCUGUUCUGACAUCAGAAAAGCACAAAGUUCAGGAACAGCUGCGAACGUCUUCGGAGCAACACCAGCGUAUGAUGAGUGCUUGCCAGCAAAAAAUUGCAACCCUGCAAGAAGAGUGCAGAGCAGCCCAGGCUGAACAAGCAUCUGUUACGUCGGAAUUUGAGAGCUACAAAGUCCGUGUUCAUAAUGUUCUAAAACAGCAAAAGAAUAAAUCUGCUUCUCGGACAGAGUCUGAAGGAGCCAAACAAGAGAGAGAACAGUUGGAAAUGGUGAUAGAUCAACUUAAAGUUAAGCUGCAAGACGCUCAGCACAACUCACAGAUGAAUGCAUCUGAACUCCAGGCACUGCAGUCUGAACACGACACCCUGCUGGAAAGACACAAUAAGAUGCUGCAAGAGACUGUUGCAAAAGAAGCAGAACUCCGUGAAAAACUCUGCACAAUACAGUCUGAGAACAUGGUCAUGAAAACAGAACAUGCGCAAAUGUUGAGUCAGCUGACGGCCCAGAAUGAAGCUCUCCGGAACAAUUUCAGAGAUCAAGUCAGGAACCUGCAAGAGGAGCACAGGAAAACAGUAGAGACACUUCAGCAGCAACUCUCCAGAGUAGAAGCUCAGCUCUUCCAACUCAAGAGUGAACCAAGUACUAGAGGUCCAGCUGUUUCAAAUCCAGGAACGAAGAACUUGAGAGAACGGAGAAACACUGACCUUCCUGUCCUCGAUGUGCACACUGUAGCUAGGGAAGAGGGAGAAGGUAUGGAAACAACGGACACAGAGUCUGUGUCUUCAGCCAGCACCUAUGUACAAUCCUUGGAACAACUUCUGAACUCAUCAGAAGCAAAACCUGAACCAUCUCAGUGGCAAGCAGAACUCACCAAGGAUGAACUGAUUCAGAAACUAAACACAACAGCAAAGAGUGCUGAUCACUUGAAUGAAUUACUUCGUGAAUCAGAAGCAACCAAUGCAAUCCUAAUGGAACAAAUAAAGCUUCUUAAGAAUGAAAUAAGAAGACUGGAGAGAAAUCAAGAGAGAGAAAAGUCUGUGGCUAAUUUAGAAUACUUGAAGAAUGUUCUAUUGCAGUUCAUAUUUCUAAAAUCAGGAAGUGAGAAAGAGCGGCUGCUCCCAGUAAUAGACACCAUGUUGCAGCUCAGCCCUGAAGAGAAGGGGAAGCUGGUUGCAAUUGCCCAAGGUGAGGAAGAGAGUACCUCAAGGCCCUCUGGGUGGGCUUCGUACCUCCACAGCUGGUCAGGACUUCGAUAAAACAGUGGAAACACUGAAUCUUUAAACACAUUCCACAACUGCAAAAAAAGAGAAAUCUUACUGUAGAAAAUCUGUUGGUGUUGUAGUGUUGAACUACAGGUUUUUAUUUUUGUGUGUUACUUUCAGUUUUCUAGGCUCUUCUAAGAAAGAAGCCCACAGUAGCCCUGAAAGAUGGUUCUACAUUAUGCUCUGGCAACAGUGAACCAUUUUUCUUGUAAAUGUUAAGGCUGAUGAUAAGAACUAUGAGAAAUGACAAAUUAAUUACAAAUUGCCUGGAAACAGAAUUUGACAAACCUGUAAUGGCUCUUUUGAUAUCAGUUUAAAAACUUGAUCUAAUAUAUGAACUGGAAUAACUAGACUUUAGAUUUAAAGCAUUUUAAAGGGUUUACAGUUGCUUUCACGUAUUGUUGUCAGCUAACUAAUCUAUAUGGUUAGUGUUACACUCUGCAUGUUUCAGAAAUUUAAAAUUAUUUCCUCACUGGUGAUGGUUACAAAAUGGAAGAUAAUUAAGAAACAGAAAGGGCAUUUUCUGAACUAAAGUUUUAGUCUGUGUUAAUUUUUUUUUUUUUUUGCAAAAGCUAGAUUGAAAUAUCAAGGCGAUGGUUCACAAAAUGUAGCAAGUGCAUAAAUCUCUAUGAUAUACAGUGCUUGGCUCACCUGAGCAUGGUAUUGCAGUAGAGAUUAAUGACAUUUAUGGAGGUCUUAGGGUAUACUCCAAGACUCAGAGAUCUUAAGUCAGCUGAAGCUUUUGGAAAAAGGGCUUAAGCUAUGGCUUUUUAACCUGAACUUGGAAGUUUGUGGAAAAGACCGGGAAGAAAUGGUCCAUUACUAUAGCGAUGUCUGUACUUACAUGAAAAGACUACCCAUACUGACUUAGUCAUAUUGAAGACACUAAAGAAAGAAUCUGAAUCCAUAGGUCAGAUUUCUAGCAUUAACUUCUAAGAGAACAGGAUGGAGCUUUUAUCAAUAGAUGCCUUUUUUGAAUGGUCUGAUGACUGAAGGUAUUACACCCUUCUCUCACUUAUCUGUGUGUCCACAUUAUUCACACAGAUCUUUUGCACAGAUGAGAUAAUCUCUGUUUUGGGUUACUCAACAGAAUGUUAUGGUUUUUUCUGAGAAAAAUAAAUCUUUACCAUCUCUACUUCUCUUAUCAACACAGCACCUUUUUUUACUUUCAGUUCUCUUCUCCCCUUUACAGUCCAUACUACCUUUCACCAUCUUAAUUUAUUUGUAAGUUAUUAAAAUUCAUACACGUGUUUAAAUUCUGUUUGCAUCUCAACCAGAGUCUUUCCAUACUUUUCACUCAUAUUUUCGUGCUCUCUGUGCUGUUUUACAGAGAAUCAUUUCCUGGUACACAUACCAAUACUAAAUAGCAUUCUUCCUUUCCUACCUUAGUUGAGGCUUUGAGGAAAUGAUGCUUGUUCCUUUAAUAUUGCCUUAUUUGGGGCUGAGAUUAAUCUGGACAUAUGAACAGCAGAAAGUCAACGCGUUGAGAAUAAACUGUUCAGUAGUCUACUUUUGGUUUAAUUUUUUUUUUAAUUUUUUUAAUUUUUUUUAAUUUUUUUUUUUUUUUUUUUUUACUUCCCCUCCAAUAUGUGUUUUAACUGGAAUCUUUCUGGUUUGUGCUACCGGGGAAAACAUCCUCUGUGGACUUUCAGAUCACAGAACUGAUGAUAAGUGGUAGUGUUAGGGAUGUCUCUAAGUAUCAAACAUGAGGUUACGCUUAGGCUUUCUUGUAUUAGCCUUUGGAAGGAUUUACCGUAUCUUUAGCAUUCACAAUUUGCACCAAAUCUCAGAUGUUGAGUUCUAACUCUAUUCACAGCUGGGUUUGAUUAAUGUCACUCAAAAGAAUGCCAAAACACAGUGAGGGGAGAGAUUUGAAAUAUGUAUAAAAAGAAGUGCAAGUCGUUCUCCUGCUGUGAUUUCAACAAUGGAAGCACAUGAGUAGAAGAGUACAGCUUUUUCUUACUUAGUUCACACUCCAUUUGCAGCUGACCUGAUUUAGUCUCUGCUAUUGCUGAAGACCUGUGACAAGUUCCUCUUAAAAUGCACAUAUUUCAGAUCUGUAAAUUAUUUAACAUUGUAAGCUGUGAAUAAAUGUAUGCGAGUAACUUAUAUCACUGGCUGUAUUAAAUACUGGUUGCUUAUUGACUUCUUUCAAGUGUGAGUUGCAUGCUCACUGGUUUUAGUAAAACUUGAGUACUGUACUUAUGAAUGUAGUGAACAACUUGCAUUACCUUUUUUUUGUUUUAAAUGGAAGAUUGAGAUAUUAAUGUAAAAGUAUUUUAAUAGCUGUUACUAAACUGUGUUCUAUUGCUAAGAUUGACAGGACUUACCUUUGUGGUAAGCAAAUACAUCAGAGUUUAAUAGACAUUUGCAGUAAAUGGCAUAGAAGAAUGUGAACUGGAAGCAGGAUUAUUUUGCAUAGAAAACUUUUUAUAUGUCAUAUAUUUGCAUUUGUAAUUUACAGCAUUGUAGCUGUGAUUUGCUUUCAAAAAGCAGUUUGAAGUUUUAAGUAGUACUGCUGCUUCUUGAUAUUCUGUGGUGCUCAUUUUCUGGAAGAGCACUGUGCUAACUUUGCUUUCUGGUUCUUUUUGUUUUCUUUACAGUGCCGUGUUUGUUAGAAUGUUUCCUAGAAAAUGUCACCCUUGCCCAAAGAGUUUAUAAGCUUAGGACCAAUUUUUAUCUUCUAUCAGCCCGCCUUCAGCCCAAACCUAAGGAGGGCAUAAUAAUAGUAAUAAUAAGGAUUCUGCUGUCACUAUACAGAGUAUAUUUAUUAAUUAAAAACCAAAAAUGGGAGUAAUUCAGAAUUCUCAGACCUGCAUGUGCACUGUGGCUGAAUUUUUAACUUCCUAAUGCUAUCUUAGAAACAGGUUGUAUACCUUUCAUAUUCCCUUUAGCCAGGAGGGAGACUCAUCUGUGCAAGCAAAAGUGCUCCAGUUAAAAGAGCUUGAAGGAAGACCAGAGCUUGUCAGGCUGUUGUGUAGAUGUGGCCAGUUGUAGUUGGGGUUCAGGAUGGCCAGAGGGAACCCAUGUUAGAAAUUAUACACGGGAAAAUAGAGUUGCUUUUUUCUUUUGUGACCCUCCCUGCCCAAAGUACAGCUGUGAGAAUACAGGGUUAGAUAAUUUUCUAUAUUUACAUUUUCCCUUGGCUAUCUCCCUCCAUCCCUUUGCUUUGAUAGCAGAUGAUGUAUCACGAAAUUGUGGAGGAAUGCUUAAAAACUCUCCUUAGUUUGUACUAAGUGGCUUUGAACCACCUGUGCUUCAUUUGACUUAUGCCUUGGCUUCACCCAGUACACCAAUACUUCCUCAACUACCUGCUACUUCUAUUAUUACUGGUACUAUAAAAAUAUCUCCCUUAGGAGCCUUGUGAAUAGCAGUCACCACCCAUAAGCUGAGAAACCAAAUAUAUGAAGAGGUUAAAAUAUAUUUGUUGUAGUAAUUUCAGAGCUGCUAGUCUGGAUAGAUAAGUGUUUUGGUUGGAAAUAAUGUUUUUGAUGGCCUUUUCAUGUGGCUGUCGCUUCAAUAAAAUUCAUCUUUACUCAA